UUUUAUUCAGUCUGUUCUGUUCGUUGCUCGGAUCUUACGUGUUAUUUUUUCAAAAAUUUUGUGUAAAAAAUUUCUUGUUUGUUUUCAAAAUUUUUGUUGUUUCCUGUUGUGUUGUACUUUGUUUUUACUAUUAGGGAUUAGUAUCGUGACGCUUUGGUUUAUCACUCAAAAAAUUCUUAGACCACAUUUUCAAAAUGAAUCGCCUUCGUGGGACCUUCCUGAGCUCAAUCAUCCGGGCUAGCAGUCCGGUGGUCUCGAACAUCCGCCACGCAUGCGGAGAGGUGCCGGGCGCCAAGGGUCUCGUGGUGGGCAUCUACCAGAAGGAGGGCGACAAAGGCCCGAAGCUAACGUCCAGCGGCGAGAAGCUGAACGAACGCGUGCACGGCAGGCUCGAGGAGCUCAUCUGCCAGACGAAAAUCGAUGGGCGGCUGGGACGGGGCAAAGUUUUCAACAACAUCGAUCCGGAAUACAGCGCCAUUGCCGUGGUGGGGGUCGGACUGGAGGGCAUCGGCUUCAACGAGCUGGAGAUGCUCGACGAGGGCAUGGAGAAUGUCCGCAAGGCAGCCGGCAUUGGGGCGCGCUCCCUUCAGGAGGUUGGCUGCCAAGAGGUGUGGGUCGAUUCCAUGGAAUACGCCGAGCAGGCGGCCGAGGGCGCUGGCCUGGCCACAUGGUGCUUCACCCAGCAGCUGUCCAAGAAGAACACCCCGUUGGUACCCAAACUGGAGCUGUACGAUUCCCCCGAGCUGGACAACUGGACGAGAGGGAUCUUCAAGGCGGAUGCCCAGAAUCUGGCGAGGCGGCUCAGCGAUGCAGCCGCCAACUGCAUGACCCCCACCACAUUUGCCCAGAACGCCGUGGAUGCCCUCUGUCCGUGCGGCAUCACUGUGGAGGUGCGCACCAUGGACUGGAUAGAGACCCAGAGGCUACACUCGUUUCUGAUGAUCGCGAAGGGCAGCUGCGAGCCCCCCGUCCUCAUGGAGCUGAGCUACUGCGGCACCGAGCCCGAGGAGAAGCCCAUCAUGUUCCUGGGCAAGGGCAUCACCUUCAACACUGGCGGCAUCAAUUUACGCAGCUGCAAGGAAAUGGACGAGUACCGCGCCAGCAUGUCCGGGGCCGCCGCCUGCGUGGCGAUGUUGCGCUGCUGUGCGGCGCUCUCGCUGCCGAUUAAUAUCGUGUGCAUCCUGCCGCUGUGUGAGAACAUGCCCUCGGGCAUGUCCUGCAAGCCGGGCGACGUGGUCACCCUGCUGAACAACAAGACAAUGGCCGUGCGGGAUCUGGAUAAGGCCGGUGUGGUGGUAAUGGCCGAUCCAUUGCUCUAUGGUCAGGCCACUUACAAGCCGCGCCUCGUCGUCGACGUGGCCACUCUGGGUACGGGCACGCAGAAGGCCUUUGGCGGCGGGGCCACCGGCAUCUUCUCCAACUCUCACUACAUUUGGAAGCAGUUCCAAGGAGCUGGCGCCCUGACCGGCGAUCGGGUCUGGCGGCUGCCCCUCUGGAAUUACUACAAAAAGCAGGUCACCGACGAGCUUGGCUACGAUCUCAGCAACGAUGGUCGUGGCCGGGCCUCCUCAUGCCUGGCCGCCGCUGUUCUGAGCGAGAUGGUCCCCUGCUCCGAUUGGGCGCAUCUCGACACGCGGGGCACGGGGAUGCUCACCACAUACGGCAUUAUGCCGUAUCUGACGAAGGGCCGCAUGACUGGGCGGCCCACCAGGACGUUGGUACAGUUCAUCUACCAAUUGGCCUGUCCGAAUCACAAGUAAUUGUCCAAAAGAUCACUUGUAGCAGUUCAAUUUCAAAAAAAUCAUGACGAACAAAUAAAAAAUUUGGACCAAAGGCAAAAA